CACACACACACACGACUUUGCUGUCGUUUGCGCGCCUGCGCAGUCAGGAAGCAAGGAAUCGAAACUGAAAUGGAACACGGAAGAAGACAUGAGACGCUGCAGAAGAAAGAUCUGAAGCGACCCGUGACCAGGUCCAGUCCGACCACCACACACAGUGCAAGGAUGGCAAGGAUGGCAAGGGGGUACAAUUCGAGUGCUCAAAGUCCAUUCAGGCGAAGGACUGAGCAUUCUCUUUGGAAGACUCCUUCCAAUUUAGGAGCCCGGGGGACACUCCCCUUCGGCUCAAAAUCUCGUCAGAGAACCGGGACAAAAAAGCAAAUUAGCCUUGCAGAAUGGAAGCAGGUGGAAAAGAUGAAGAUACUAAAACAGAUCGCGGAAGAAAAGGACGUGACAAAGAACCCCAUACAUCGAGUCAGUUCACCGGCUUUUGAAAAACCUGCCACCUCAGGAUCUUUAACUUCUCGGACCUUUCCCAGCAAUAAGAAAGAUAAAGCACAGUUAACACAAGACCAAAGUCAGACUGAAAAAAUAAGACCAGUGGGGCACCCAUCACUUGUAAGCCCGGCCAUGGCAAAGAGCAGAGCCAUCGAAGAAAAGAGGAAAGAAAUAGAGAAGGUUUAUCAACGGGACUGUGGCACGUUCAGCCGGGUGGUGAAGAAGCUGGUCUCCAAGGACCCCUCGUUAGUGCCUCCCAUCCGCUUCGCUGUGCAGGAAAAUCUCAAGGAGAUAGGCCUGCGCUGUGCUGCAGCCAUGGACCAGUUUAUAACCCAGUAUGACCUGAGUGCAGCCUCCCAAGAGAUGCAAACACACACACACACAUAAACACAUAUGCCCCUCGGUUUUAUUUUUAUUGUUAGUCUGUGUGUGUGUG